GUUGAUAAAGCGUUAAUAUUUUUUCAUGAUAUUUGCAUUAUUAAAGAAAAAUGUCAAGUAGAUCUAAGAAAAUCCUUUCUUUGGUACCGAAGAAACCCGACAUGUCCGGUAACGAGACUUUGGCAAGCCCUAAUAAUCAGCAAAAUGUCGAAGUUGUAACUGAAGAUGGUUAUCUUUUGACUGAUCUAAAUGAUUCGGUCGAAGAUAAUUUUCAAAAAAUUAAGGAAGUAAGAGCGAAUUAUUAUAAUAUGGAAAUUCUGGAACCCCAAGUAUUUACCAGCUUGAUUAGUGUACCAUUGGAAAAUAAUUUGAGGAUUUUAUCCCAGGAACAACCUACUCAAAGUACUAGUACUAUGGACCAAGGGGAAAAUGCAAAUGAAACCGGAUACAGAUUUACAGAAGUUGAUAUGCCAUGCCGAAUAAUAAAUAACCAGAUUAUUUUAAAUGAACCAGAACAAACCAAAGAAAAUGAAAGCAUCGGUAUAUAUGUAAUCUAA